UUUUUAUCAGUUUGCCGCCAUCGCGCUUCUGUGACAGUCGCUGUUUCGUUCGGAAAAUCGAAAAGUUUUCAACGCUUGUUGCUCUUGCAACGUGUUUCUUCUUUGCGUUUUAUAGUUUCGUUGUUUGAGCAACAACCUCAGGUUGUUGCUUUCAAGUGAAAAGAAAGCUUUGAGAAUUACGCUAUUACGGGGAGCACCGGGUGAGUCCGGCGCGUCUACCAGUGCCGGGCGUGUGAGGCCUAGCAGGCCGCACGAGGCCGCUCGACCCCGCCCCGCGCCACGCUGCUGGCGCCGCGCUCUCAACGUCGACCCGCCCUGGCUGCGAGCGAGGGCCCGCUGACGCCAUCUAGACAUUACCUGACACUUGUGGACUAGCGCUAGUGGGCCACCACAACCCGGCUCGAACACCUGACACCGACCCCUCCGGCCCGGACAGGCAAGCGCAGCAUAGCCGACCCCACGCUCCGGCGCUGCCGGGGCUAAGUCGGCUCCAAAGUCAACCUUAACACAACUGCUAAAGGCUCAAAAUCCCAGCCAACAUGAAGGUCGUGGAAGAAGAACAGCUUAUCACCGUGAUGGAUGGGCCGUGGUCCCCAACCGGUCUGAUCCGAGAGAUCGUGGACUCGGGCACGCAGGAGGAUCCCUUCUACAUCAUGGAUUUGGGAGAAGUGGUGGCGCGGUACCGUCGCUGGAAGGAGCUAAUGCCGCGCGUUGAGCCGUUCUAUGCGGUGAAAUGCAACGACGACAAGCUCCUGGUGAGCACUCUGGCGGCUCUGGGCGCGGGCUUCGACUGCGCCUCCAAGGUCGAGAUCGAGCUCGUCACCUCCAUCGGAGUCGCUCCCGAACGCAUAAUAUUCGCGAACCCCGCCAAGAUGGCGUCGCAUAUCCGCUACGCGUCGGCCAUGGGAGUCGACGUCAUGACCUUCGACUCCGAGACCGAGCUCAUGAAGAUCAAACAGUUCAUGCCGCAUGCACAGCUAGUGAUCCGCAUCCGCUGCGACGCGGCGGCGGCGCAGUGCCCGCUGGGCAUCAAGUUCGGCUGCGACCCCGUCACCGAGGCGCCGCGCCUGCUCAAGCUGGCCGCCGUGCUCGGACUUGACGUGGUAGGCGUAUCAUUCCACGUGGGCAGCGGUGCAUCAGAAACCGCAGUAUACGGUCGCGGCAUAUCACUGGCGCGGGCGUUGUUCCGCACCGGCCGCGACGCCGGCCACGUGCGCAUGCAGCUGCUCGACAUCGGCGGCGGCUUCCCCGGCGGACGCCACGACGACAUCCAAGAGGUAGCGGAAGUGAUAAACGCAGCUUUAGAAGAGCACUUCCCGAUAGGCUCGGUGCGAGUGAUCGCCGAGCCGGGGAGGUACUUCGCCGCCGCCGCCUACACGCUCGCCGCCAUGGUACACGCUAAACGAGAGAUUGCGUCUAUUGAGAACGGAGGCGAGACGCACACAAUGUACUUCAUCAACGACGGCGUGUACGGCUCCUUCAACUGCGUGCUCUACGACCACCAGCACGUGAAGGCAGAGACACUCAAUGACAACGGCACCCCUCUUUCCGAAUGCUCAGUAUGGGGUCCGACCUGCGACGGCCUCGACUGCGUGCUCCCCAACGUGCGUCUCCCGACCCUCGCCAUCGGAGACUGGCUGGUCUUCCGCGACAUGGGAGCCUACACCCUGCCUGUGGCUUCGGCCUUCAACGGCUUCCCGGUGCCCACUGUGCGGCCCGUUGUUGAUGCUAGGCUUGCUUCCAUCCUAAAAGAGUUGCGUCCACUAACCGCCUCUCAGUUCGCGGCCACCCGCUCGGGAGCCGCCUCAGGCCCGCCCGGCCCGACAGCGCCGGCCGGCCCGCACGCCGAGGCGUCGCCGCUGCCGCCGCCGGCGCGCGCCGUGUUCGUGGAGUGCGCUCUCAAGUGACGCCCGCACGCGCCCUACACACACACACUCAACAAACCAGCAUAUAUUACGUCACCACUAUCAGAUCUAACGUCUACAAUAUCCAGUUUGACGUGGCCAGUUUCUAGUCUGACAGCAAAAUUGAAGCCUGCUUUGGUUAACGUGUCGUCACCACCAGCUGAUAUAACGUCACCAGUAUCAGAACUGACGUCAUCACUAUCAGAUCUGACGUCAAAAUUAUCAGAUGUGACCUCAAAAUUGUCGUCGCCUUCAUCACUGGCUAAUACGACGUUACCACUAGAUAUGACGUCGCCAAUAUCAGAUCUGACCUCAAAAUUGUCGUCUCCACUGGCUAACAUGUCGUCACCACUAGCUGUUAUAACUUCAUCACUGGCUAAUACGACGUUACCACUUGAUGUGACGUCGCCAAUAUCAGAUCCGACGUCAAGAUUGAUAUCACCACUAGCAAAUUUCACGAUGCCAGUCGUACGAAGCCGGUAACAUAUAAUGUCGCCCUAUAUAUUGUUCUAUUGUUUUUAUUUAUAACGUCUUGUUCAUAUGUGCAGGUUACCACAUCGCAUAUUUACUUACUAAACACAUUUAUGGUAAGUUGCAACAUUUAACUAUAACGAUAACCGAACCAUUUUCAGUUGUUAAGUCACCGAUUUAACCAAUGAGCGACAAUUUCACGGCUGGUUAUGGUUCGGUUAUCGUUAUAGUUAAAUGGUGCAAUUCACCCUUUAAAUUAAAUACAUGUAUGUAUUUUGAAUUUUAUUAUUUUGAAAUUGUAUUUAUUGCCUCCUCUACACUACUUGCGAAGUUUACCAAAGAUAAAAUAAAGUAAUAUCGUGAUGAAAAGAAAGUGGAAGGACACCUUAUUUCGUUAAACUUUCUCAUGUACUUCGUCAGGUAACUGUCCCAAUAGUGUAGAGGAGGUAUAACAAAACGUGUUUAGUAAGUAGUCACGCAAAUACAUCUAUGUAUUCAAUUAUACAUAACAUUGUUAUUUUAUGUGAUAAACUGAGACGUUUCGAAUAGUUUUGUUAUAUAUUACAUUAGCUCAAUGUUGCGGCCUCGUUAUAAUAAAGGUGAUAAUCCAUUGAAUUGGGCGGAGCUAAGAGAAAUAAACUGGGAAAAUAAAGUAAUUCUAUUGGUUGAAUUUCUCAUAGCUGUCUAUUCAGAUUCAUUGGGUUAUCACUCUUACAGGUUUGUGCGAUUCAGAGGUUCCAACGUCGAAUAAACUGUGACUUUUCUCGAUUCCGUUUCUAUGGAAGGUAGACAAAUAUAACUUUUACGUCUUUGCACUAAGGUUCAUCUUUCGUCACUUCAUAAGUUGCGUUGCCUUGAUACCUUGGAACUCUGAAUACGUGACUCAUAACUUCUAUUAAUUAUAGAGUGUGUGUGUGUCAAAACUCUCGCUGGAGUAUAGUAAAAGUAGAAAAUCUUUGCAUUUCAGUAACUAUUUUAAUCUCUCAUUAAAUUCAAAAUUUGGGGUCAGUUUUUUAAAAAUAUUUUUUUGUAUAAAUUAACGUAUUUAAUUAAAUGUUUUUGUGUAGCGAUGUGAUCGUUAAAAGUAAAAUAUUUAUGUGAUUCUAAAAUAAUGUGCUGUCGCUUCGACGGGGAUUUGUUGAUCGUUUAUUGUUUUUUGCUUACUAAUAUUUAUUUGUUAACGCAAACUGCCUAAGGUGUAUGUAUUUACAAAUCACGGUGUUUUUUUGUUGCGUUUACUCGUAGGCGUAAAAUUUUUCGCUAGAAAUGUACUUCAGUUACCGACAUGUGUAAUGGAUUUGUGAAUUUUUCAAAGUUGUUUCAUCUCAUAGGAUGAGUUUCGCAAAAUAUUUGUGGCAAUGGCUUUUUAAAUAAACUUUUGUGGAAUGUGAA